AUGCCUCAAACUCCGGGACACUCGCGCAACCAUUCGGGCGUUGACGGCUCGUACCAGUACAACAGCGUCAACUCCUCCCCUCAGAAUAGACGAACAUCCAGGUCCUCCGCCGAUCCCGCAACGCCCUUGCGCAGCAGCUUCAACAACCAAGACGCCCUGGAUAUCUCAUAUGCGAGCGGAGGCAUGGACGGAGGCAACGGGCUAGGCAAUCUUGCAGAUGAACUGGCCGACGCCUUCUCCGACUCUGGAGACGAAGGAGAGUACUACGAGGAAGAGACAAACAACGACGAGAACAACGGAAGUGGGACACCAAACAUUAAUGUUGAAGAAGCCACCUUUGAAGGAAUAAGGGACAGCGGGGUCGACGUUGCAAGUCUCGGCGAAGCCGGCGGCAAGGGAAAGAACUUCAAUCUGGGGCCACCACCAGCCGCUCAACGCGGUCAUCGACGGAGCGGGAGUGAAUAUGACGGAAGCGAAUAUGGAUCCGAGUCUGACCUUGACUCCCCCGGCAUGCUGCCCAGUCUCGUUGCCAAGAUGGAUGCCGUCGAGUCUUUGGCGAGGAGGGGUACUGAGAGUAAUGGAGGACCUACGGAUGGUGUCUUCAGCCGGGUAACGGAGGGCUUGAGAGACUUGGGCUCGCAAGCCGGCGUCGAGGGCAGUGCGACAAGGCAAGUUCAAGACGGUUCACCCGCAACCCGGCAACUACACAACUUGACCUUCCCGCUCCUUUCUCCACUCGUGCCACCGCCGGACUCGGAGACCAUCGAUGAGCUGCUACCCCUUUUGAUUGAGCUAUCCGAAUCGAUGCCGCGACCAACAACGAAAGCCUACGACUCCCUCACAGCCCUCCACACCCUCACCUCGGACCUCGUCCAGAGCCUCAACUACCUCUCAGACACACUUCACAUGUCCAGGCAAACGACCACAACGGCCACGCGUCGGUUGAAGAGCGCCAAAGAGCUGGUGGCCGAGAUCAAGAGGGAAGAAGAGCUCCGGGAGGAGGGUGAGAGGUGGAUCAACCGAGGUAACUGGAGCGAGAGGUUGGCCAAUCGCGAGUGCGCGGGCGUAUGCGGAGAUGUCGUCGGAGGGUUCGAGGAAGUGUGCAACAGCUGGCGGGCACGCCUGCUGGAGCAAGCCGGCGCUGCACAGGCUUGA